UUACCUUAGAGGGUGCCCGUAAUUUACCCUUUUCUUUGUAGUGAGUUUUGAGUGCUCACCCCUAUUUUGAUAAUUAGACAAACACUAGUGUUUAUUGUUUAAAAUGAUUGGUAAAGAGCUUACUACAACCAAAGAUCCAUAUAAUGGGAAAUUUGUGGCUACUACAUGUUUGCUCCAAAGUCCAAAUUGACUUACUUUUUGAUGGAAACUUCUCUCUUCUAGAAGAAUUUUCCACACAAAAUGAAGUUUCCUUGGUUGCCACUAAGUCAAGAAAGUCUGCAGUUCAAAAUAUAUCUUCUCUUUAGUAUAUAAAAGCAAAGCCCAUUAGCCAACUCUUUACUAUGUGCAACAAACAAAAUGAAACUUAUCUCCAAUUUGCUGUUUCUCUUCUUCUUUCUCUUCUUCUCCUUAACAGAAUCAGCAGAUCCUCUGGCAAAUUUCUGCAACGACAAUAGCAGAACAGAUAACACGAGCCAGAUAUCGAGAAACAUCGACAACUUGCUCUCGGUAUUAGUAUCGGGCACCGUCCAAAACGGCUUUACCGCAACGUCCUUGGGUGAAGCAGACUCCCAAAUCUACGGCCUGUCGCAAUGCAGAGGCGACGUUAGCAAAAACGACUGCUCGGUUUGCAUCAAAGACGCAGCGGAAAGUAUCCGGAAGCUCUGUCCGGACCAAUCGGAUGCGAGAAUUACGUACGACUACUGCUUCCUACGUUACAGCCAUGCAACUUUCUUCGGACAGGUGGACACUUCUCCUGCCGUGUACUACUGGAACGUGGAGAAUGUGACAGGUGUCGAUGAUUUUAACGGGAAGUUGGGAUCUUUGAUGGAUGAGAUUCGUUCGGAGGCUGUGGGGCCCGCGCAAAAUAAGGGGCUCGGGAAAGGGGAGAGUAAGGUUUCGCCUCUUGUCACUCUCUACGCUUUGGCGCAGUGCACGAGAGACCUCUCGGAUAUAAACUGCGCUCAGUGUGUGGCGAUUGCUGUCGGCAAUUUCCCGAGGUUUUGCGAUAACAAGAGAGGCUGUCGGGUUUUGUACAGCAGCUGCUAUGUUCGAUACGAACUCUACCCGUUUUUCUUCCCACUUGAUUCGAAGGAUUCUUUAGUUUCUAGCUCGGGGAUUCACGAGUCUUUUGUGGCUACUAAACCUUGAGUUUUCUUCGAUGAAGUAAGAGUUUCUUCUCGAGGAUUUAGCUUUGUAUUUUCGAGUAAUCGUUUUCUAGUUUGCACUUUCAUUUUGGAAUGGUCAGAAAAUAAAAGUUUGCCUAUGUGUUAAAAAUGUAUCAUCACUCAAGAAAUACAUAGAUUUCAAUGAUUGAA